GUGUCUUCGCUACUGGACCGAGGGAUGGUUUUCACUGCAGGGACAUCAGUGGCAGUGACUCUUAUACUGUCUUUGUUCCUUAUCAUAAGCCAUCUAGCAACGUUCACUAGGCCAAAGGAGCAGAAGUUCUUGAUCGCGGUGAUUCUGAUAGUUCCAGUUUUUGCUCUGCAAACGUUCAUAUCAAUGUUGGAAAAAGACGCCACGUUUUAUUGUGAGGCGGUCCACAUUUGCUACCCACCUUUUGUUGCAUUCUGCUUUUUCAAUUAUCUCGUGUCUUGCCUAGGUGGGUAUACAAGUACCAUGGCAUAUUUUAGAGUGCAGACCCCAUCUAGUGAACUAAAUCUGGUUGAAAGACGAGGUUGUGUUGUUCAGCAGCAUGAGAUUCCAUGGAAGUGGUUUUGCAGUGAAUGGAGACUGGACGACCAAUUUUAUGGAAAAGUGAACAUUGGCAUCCGCAAUCUAAUGAUUUUGCAGAUAUUAUCUACAUUGCUUGCACACUUCUUACAGACAAUGGAUUUAUAUGUGGCAGACAUAUUUAAUUUCUCGACUCCUUAUCCAUUUUUGAGACUUGGACAGGCCUUCAUCACAUACUUGGCCUUCUAUCACCUUCGUCUGUUUUAUGAAGUUACCCUGCAACAAUUGCAACAUGUUAGACCAAUGUUUCUGAUAUUGAACACGAUAAGGAAACACACAUUGGUGUUUGCUAUGUAUAGAGAUGGCAAUUGCAUCUGGGUUUGUUCUCUAUGCGUUUCCAGCCACGCCUUACAGACGUGGACUGAGAACACAUGGAGAGAGAGCUGCAUCUACAGCUGUGCCGGCACCAGAGCCAGAGACAGCCAUAGGGCUUCCACAACCAGGGCUAGAACAGCCUCUUCUUGAGCCUCCACAACCAGGGAUAGAGCAGCCUCUUCCUGAAGUUCCACGACCAGGUCCAGAGACGACAACAGACCUUAUGUGAGGAAGAUUAAAAUUUUCAGUCAGAGACCAAGAACCCUCCUACCAAAGAUGAUUUUUAUCAUAGAAUGACUGAGUAUGUGAGUAUGUUGAUAAAAUAGAGUUAUAUAUUGUGAGUAUGUAUGUUUUUUGUUAGACCACUUGGAGGUUCAAAUUUAGAGUAAACUUUGUCAUGGAAUGACUACGUUA